AUGGAUCCUCUGGAUUGUCAAACAGAUGAAGAGCUGAGUAAUUUGUUUCACUGUAAGAAGACCGAGAUUUCUUCUAUGGAGGAACCACAAGCCUUCCUCAAUGAGCUCCGGAAGCCCAAUCUGGUACCAGAAAAUCUCUACGAGAAAGUGAUGAAGAUGAGGACUACAGAGAGAAGGCAGGACGUUGUCUAUCAAAUUCUGGACCAGCUGGAAAAGAAGGGAGGGCAUAGUGUGAGGUUGUUUUGGAGAUGUGUGUUUCAGGAUCACAUGCUGCAGAAAUAUCCAAAUUUGCGUUUGCUUUGGAACAGUCUUAAGGAGGGUCAGUCUGAUUCAUUUUCUUUUUUUGUUUACGAGCAGAUUCCUGAUGCACCAGAGGAACCAAACACGAAAGAAUCAGACAAGAAAGGACUAAAAAGAAAGAUAAGCAUUGAGGGAACAGAUGAGGAAGAACCAGGUACUUCAUCUCACUCUACCUCUCAACCGAAGAAACCAGAGUCUCCCCAGAAUAUGCCUAGUCAGAUUCUGUUGGUCUUCCAAGCUGUGCCUAUACACCUGUAUGUGUUAAUAAAGACUCUUUUGGAUGAAGACCCGGUCUCCUGGCUCCUGUAUGCAGAAUUUCUAACAGCUUGGUGCAGUGACCCGGAUGGCAAACUGAAACCUACUUGGACAGGGGAAGAUUCCACAGCCCCACUAUUAAAGGAAGGAGAGAAGCAGGAUAUUUGGAGUUUAAUAAGUUUGCAAAAACAGCUUCAUGUUACAUGUGGCAACAAGAAAGGCACGCUGCAUAAAGAGAAACUGGCGAAAGGUGACGAGUGUAUCCUGUCUGAGGGACUCUGGUUCACCCCGGGUGAAUUUGAGAAGUUUGCAGGAAAGAGAAGCAAAAAAUGGAAAGAGAGCAUCCGCUGCUAUGAUAUUCCUCUGCAGAAAAUUAUAGAGGUAAUUGGGACAACAUCAAAGUAA